AACGCUAAACAGAUCAACAGAGGCGGCAUUGGGCGGCAGAAUCAGCACGAAGCUUAAGCGGCCACGAAUGACAUUGUCGCUAACGGUCAACGGACGAUUAUUUGGCGUCAGGUCUCAAUAUUGAUCUAUGGCUUGAUUGAUACGGUGCCGUUCUUGUUCAUGUACCCAGGCAUACGUCCCAAGACGAUUCCUUAGCAAGUCCUGCCUGGGGACUGAGCCUCAUAAUGCACAACACCGUCCGACAGCGGCCUCGGCGCCCGACAGACCCCUGGGGUCUCCCAGUGCGCACCAAAGUUCGAGAUGCUGAUCAAACGGUCACCAGGCCAAAAGCUCGUAAGCUGGUGAAUGAAAUUGGCACGGAGGCGGACUUUGCGAGAUGGUACAAUGAAGUGGAGGGCGACCUGCUUGAGUCGAGCUAUGAGGAAUACCAGACCUGUCUGGAUCAACUCCAGAUGUCGAAAUCUCAUCUUGAUACCCUUCUUUCCGACACAUCCUCCACACUCGAUCUCCUCUCUAAGCUCUCGCAGUCGUUCAGUGCGGUGGAAUCUCAGACGUCCACUUUCCAAAAGCAGUGCGAGGGCCUCCUCUCCGCCCAGAAGCGCAAUUCCGACCUCGCGGAUGAUAUCCAUAAAAAUCUUGAAUACUAUGAUUUUCUGGAGCCUGCCUCCAGGAGACUCAAUGCACCGGGCGCUGGAAGCACGGUCCGCUCGCAGGAGUUCUCGGAUAUGCUCAGGCGCCUGGACGAAUGUCUGGACUAUAUGGAGAGUCAUUCCGAACAAAAAGAGGCCGAAGUAUACCGUUCUCGAUAUAGGCUGCUUCUUACACGAGCCCUCACUCUCAUCCGUGGACAUUUCGUAUCUGCCCUUCGCGAAAUCUCAUCUGGUGUUUCGAAAAGAGUAGCUGAGAAGCAACUUAAUGAGACGACCAUAUCGGCCCUUCUCUAUGCAAAGUUCCGCGUUGGUGCGCCUGAGUUGAAACAGAUCGGUCUCGAAAUCCAGAAAAGAGCUGUCCCUUCGUUGGACCCCGAUCAGGGCGCUGAGGCUGAGUAUCAAGGUCUUCUUACGGAGCUUCACAGUAAUUUUUCAGCGACGCGCAGCAAAUUUAUCAUACCAUUGGUACGAAAAAAGCUGAACGACAUCGCACAGGCUCCAAGCACUUCCACAGACUUGGUGGGAUUCGCGCGUGCUAGCAUAAGUUAUAUUCGUGGUAUCUGCUUGGACGAAUUUGAGCUGUGGGGAGAAUGGUUCCAUGGACAAACAGGCUUAUAUGAGUUUUUGGAGUCAAUCUGCGAACCCCUUUACGAUCAUCUCAGACCGAGAAUCCUGCGCGAGGACAAACUUGUCAAGCUCUGUCAGCUUUGCAGUCUCCUCCAGACGCGAUACUUAUCUGACCCGGAGGACGAGAACGAAUAUCUGGAUCCGAAUCAGCUUGACUUUUCAGUCCUAAUCCAGCCUGCUCUAGAAGACGUCCAGACCCGUCUCGUGUUUCGGACCCAGGCAAUUUUGCGAGAUGAGAUUGAGAGAUACAAACCGCGUCCUGAAGAUAUCGAUUAUCCUGCUCUAAACAAGCGAAUCACCGUAUCCGCGACAGGGAAUCAGAUAUCAGGUCGGAAAGUGUCGACUGCGGAGCCUACAACUCCUCUGCCAAAGACACCGAUGAUCGUCGAAGAGGACACUGAUCCCGUAGCAGAAGGAGAACUUGGAGAAGUCAGAUGGGAUUUCGACUCGCAAGCUGACGCGCAAGGAUGGUACCCAACGCUUCGAAAAGCCAUCUGGCUGCUCAGCAGAAUAUAUAGACUUGUGAAUUCUACCGUCUUUGAUGACCUAGCUCAUCAGAUCGUCCAUCAGACGAAUAUAUCCCUUCAGCAAGCGAGUGCACUCAUAUCAAGCAAAGCAUCACCAGCAGACGGACAGCUUUUCUUGAUCAAACAUCUACUCAUCCUCAAGCAACAAAUUGUUGCUUUUGACAUCGAGUAUGUCUCUCCAGACAUUUCGCUGGACUUCUCCGGCGUAACGAAUACAUUCUGGGAGCUUCGAGAACGCGGUGGUCUCUUCAACCCCGCAAACCUAAUGCGUCUCGUCGGCCAGGGCCUGCUCCCACGAGUCGUGGAAAACAUGCUAGAUGCCAAGGUCGAGCUCGACGGAAUGCUCAGAACCGUCAUUAAUGAUUUCACCAACAAUUUCGCGACGAGAAUGACCGCAUCUCUACCCACGAAAUUCGUCGAUAACCGCAACAUGGAACGUGGCGGCGUUAUCAACCCUACAUGUCGAAACAUCGAGAAGGAAGUCCCCAUCCUCCGACAGACCCUGGACGAUUAUCUCGACGAUGUCCGCACAAAGGAGACUCUGGUAGGCGCCGUGCAGGAUCGCGUAUUACAGAUGUACGAAGAUUUCUUCGAAGCAUACCGCACCGCGGAGAAGAACAAGGGCAAACCAGUCAGCAAAAAGGGCAAGGGCCGCGAAGAUGCAGUGUGGGACCUUGACACCUUCGCCGAAUGGAGCGAGGAGGUCUUCCGGGUUGGGAUUGCAGGAAUACGAUCUUCGGAUGAAGAAGACGAUGAGAUGAGUCAGGACGUCAGUCGAAGGGGGAGCAUAUAGAAGCUAUCCCUGCUUCGACUCGUCUACGUUGUCACGAACAGAGGCCAUAUCCAUAUCUUGGCUCUUGACACUGUGCAUGCUAAUCGGGGAUAGUAAUGACAAUGAUGAGACGAGACGAGUCCAUGAUCACGUCCAUGUACAUACAUACAAACAUACUCUCGUGCGGAAUCUUAAGACGCAUAACUCGUAAUUAUGUCGAGACAUAUGAUAUAAGAAGUGAAUUACUGGUACCAAGCACUGCUGUAGUC